AAAGCGCGGUCCGUCGGUUUUCUUUCUUUCCACGGGUGUUGUGGGUCGUCUCAGGGAAAGGAAAAAACACACAAAAUUGUAGACGACCAGACGACGACGGCGUUGGCCGAAAACCGGAACGACGCGGCGCGUGAAGAACAGUUGCAGUUAAAAAGAACACCAGUAGUGGUGGAAGCAAAAAAACGGCAGGGUCCAGCACACAAACGGUCACAGUGCAAAACAGCCGCAGACCUGCAAGGAUCAAGUACGGAGUUGGGCUCUGGAAAAUAGUUGGCGCGGUGAGCAAAUACAGCAAAAACAACACACGAAACUGGCAGCAUUAAGCAGGCGAUGAUUGGAACGCAGUAAAUAUCAGGUGGAAACAAACAGUGUGGCGUGCUGUGGGUAGAAUCUAUUUCCCUUCAGAAAAAUCCUUUCACCAUCAAAGGCUUUCCCCUGCAUCGUGCUGUCGUCCUCAACUGCAGGUGUUUUCUUCACUUGUUGUUGCAGUAUUUUUGCUGUGCGUGCGUGUUUAUGUAUAUGUGUGAAGUGUGUUUGUGACAAGUGCGUCAACUGUGUGUGCGAGCAAAAUCGGGAAGAAAAAGUGCAUCGGAAUCGUUCCAGAUUUUGCCGGUGGUGUUUUUGUUUUCUAUUGAUUUGUGUGAAACAUUUUGUGGUGUGUUUUCUUUGGCGGUGUACCAUCCAUUUCUAUCCAAACCAUCACAACCCAGUUGUAGCCAAUUCGCUGUUGCCUCGGGAAAGAAAGAUAAAGCAGUGUGAACCACCAACAACGGUACGGUUUUGGAUAGUAAGUGAAUUCGUCCAUUAUUAUUGCUCUUUCGCCGUCUGUCAGAUGUUCGAUGGUGACUGUGUUUUGACGACUUAGGAAAGGAUCGGAAGGAUAUCUGCAGAAGGAUAUCGCUAAAACCUCAUUCCGCAGACAACCAGGCACCCUGACAACUCUGGCCUACUGUUCCAGCUGAUUAGGACGAAUACGUUCACGUUGGCAUAAAGCAGCGCAUAAAGUACCCAAAGUUUACCGCGAGGUAAAGUUGAAGUCGACUCAUCACGCCAAGCAAGCAAGUCCGCGAAGACGUCGACGAACAACCACGCCACAAGCAUCCUCCCGCCGGGUAUGGAAGAAUGGACAACGAACAGCCACACCAGGAGCUGGUAAAGUGUGUCCUCGUAGGAGAUACGGCCGUUGGGAAGACGCGGCUGAUCUGUGCCCGGGCCUGCAACAAGCACGUCUCGCUAUCCCAGCUGCUCAACACGCAUGUGCCAACCGUCUGGGCCAUUGACCAGUACCGGAUCUACAAGGAUGUCCUCGAACGUUCGUGGGAAAUUGUGGACGGUGUUAAUGUAUCAUUACGCCUCUGGGACACAUUCGGCGAUCACGACAAGGAUCGACGGUUUGCAUACGGACGUUCCGACGUGGUGUUGCUAUGCUUUUCGAUAGCAAAUCCCGUCUCACUGCGUAACUGUCGCGCCAUGUGGUACCCGGAGAUUCGGAAGUUUUGUCCAGACACACCCGUCAUACUGGUUGGCUGCAAGAACGAUCUGCGGUACAUGUACCGCGAUGAAACGUAUCUGUCCUACUUCGGCGAACGAAGCCCUUUCGUACGUGCAGCGCGCAAAUCCGAUCUAGUGAUGCCGGAUGAGGCACGGGCAGUAGCGAAGGAGCUGGGCGUUGCGUACUACGAGACGAGCGUAUUCACGUACUUUGGCGUGAACGAAGUGUUUGAGAAUGCGAUCCGGGCGGCAUUAAUUGCGCGCCGCGAGCAUCGCUUCUGGAUGACCAAUCUGAAGCGUGUUCAGAGGCCACUGCUACAGGCCCCAUUUCGACCGCCGAAACCUCCGCCGCCGGAAGUAACCGUUAUUACCGGCACGCAUACAAAGGACAUGCUUAACAUGUUCAAUUCCCAGUGCUAUACAGAUCUAGUAUUAAUUGUCGGUACUAUCCGUUUUUCCGUACAUAGAUUUAUGUUAGCUAGUAGUUCUAAUGCAUUUCAUAGGUUAUUAAUGAUGGACAUCAGUGACAUUGGUGCAAGAAGCAGCAGCGAGUCUAGUAUGGUAAGCUCGACGUUUGGUGAAUCGACGACGGCCGAUUUUAACGAGGAUACAGAGUGUCUAAUACGGCUCGAGCAGAACAAGGUGGCUCCCAAUCGCAUGUGGGAGCAACUGAAACGAAGAUCCAGCUAUCAGGCAUUGCCAACGGUAGAACCGAAGAAAGAUCUCUAUCGGGAGUUGCAUCAUCCCGUGUUUCAAAGUAUUAGAGUGUUCCAGAUCGACAGUGGAAGACAUAGCUACACGCAAACGCAGACGGUUGUGCAGAUUAGUAAGGUAAUCACACCGCAAGCAAUGCAGCAGUGUUUGAAGUUUAUCUAUACGGGCACGAUCGAUCGAGACUGUCUCGAUUUGCAGACUGCGUCGAUAGGAUUAAUACUGGAAAUACGACAAGCGGCAGAAUUUCUGGAACUACCCCAGUUGAUGGUGCUGCUAUCCAACACGCAGGCAAACCAAAGCUUCAUGAACGAUGAAACGAUUCAACACUAUUCGACGUGUAUGAAGCAAAAUUUGGAGAAAUAUUGUGUUCAGAAUGGUAUCUUCGGUGAUAUCACGUUCGAGCUGGACGAUGGCCAUAUGAAGGCACAUCGUGCCAUGCUGGUCGCGCGCUGUGAUGUUAUGAAGGCGAUGCUAAACGGCGAUUUCCGCGAGGCGCAUGCCAAUUUGAUCGUACUUCCCGGUGUAACGGAGUACACCUUCCACAAGCUGCUGUGCUAUCUGUACACCGACGAAAUACCGCCCAUCUCGGCGGACAAAUGUCUCAACCUGCUCGAGCUGGCCAAUCGGUUGUGUUUGCCCCGGUUGCUUAACUUGGUCGAGUGCCGUGUGAUCGAAGAUUUGCUUCGCAUGUCACAGAAUGAAACGAGCGAAGCGGUCGAACACUGUCUGCGGCUACUGGAACCGGUGAAGCUGCACAACGCACACCAGCUAGCGGAAUGGUGCAUGUCGUAUUUGUGCGUGAACUACAACAGCAUCUGUCGGCUGUCACCCCGCAGCCUGAAAAGUCUUCAUCCGGACAAUCAGGACUAUCUGCGGGAACAUCGUUGGCCACCGGUAUGGUAUCUGAAGGACUACGACUACUAUCAGCGCUGCAUGAACGAGAUGAACCGCGAGCUGAACAAUGGCAAAAAAGACUGUACCGCAGACGAUAAGGGUUGUCUGUGCUUUUCGGGAGUGUUUUUCUGGCUAUUAGGAAAAUCGAAACGAUCGGCAGCUACGGCAAAAUCGGCAAUUCAUGCAUCCGGUAAAGGGUCGGCCACUGCCGGGAAUGAUCAGCAGGAUGCAGUUAGUACCAGCCUCUUCCAAUCAAACGCCAACUCGGUCAACCAGCUCGAUCCGGAACACGAUGCCGGUGAUCUUUGACAUCCAGCCGACGGCCCGUGGAGAUCGCUCCGCUUCAUCGUCAUCCUGCCGGUGCUUAUCUGCUUCAUCUGCACGAUCCUUAGCAUCCUGAUCAUCUUCCAGAUCUACACAUAAUAUUUGCUGCAACGGUAGCCACCGUUAGACGGCUAUUGACGAAGGUUAGCCGAUUAGAAUUCAUCACAAUUGGGAGAGAUUGUUCGUUUGCAUUAUUAAACCCUUUCAAAACUAAUGCAUCACGUAACCCGAAAUUCGAAUAGGCCGAUAAGCCGUUGCGAUAUGAGCCUUUCUGGUCUUGUUUUGUCUUAACAUUAAUAUUCCCUUAAAACAUCCCUUCUCCCAGCAAUCAUACAAACACGGGUCCGUCGAGAACAACGGGUUGGAGCAAGUUUAGUAAAUGUUAAACUUAAGUUCUCACAUACACUGUAACUCGUCGCAGCUGGGGAGCUCAUUUGUGGCUCCACACUGUGACUGGUACACCUCUCAGGAGACACACAUUUGAUACCGGAUACAUUCUGUAAUCAAGGAUGCGCCCGGAAAGGGGCCCUAAAAUGUAGGGCCUUUUAAAAUCGGAUGUGUAUUUAUCAAUUUGUGCUAAGCAUUUGGACGCUUUUACUGUGGUGCCGAUAGCGAAGUAAAACACACAGCAUUAUUAUGUACCGUGCGAUAUGGAAGUAUAUCGAAACGUGUAGAAAAUAUAUUAUUUUCUAUUUCUAUUUGUUUUUUUUUUCGCAUAACACAAAAUAGUUUAUAUUUGCAUUUUAUAUCGAUUCGAGCAAUGCAUUCCACAAUGGCAUUAGUAGGGAGGUGAAUACAUAUAAAAAACGUCUCUUAUAACAAAAAAAACACUGCAACGUACGUAAACAAAACAGCCAAACGAACAACAAAAAUCGUAUAUAGAAAAAACUCACAUUUAGUUUGUUUCUCGUAAUUUACUAACGGAAAUAUUCAUUCUUGAAUUAUUUCACUCACGGUAAUACCAAAACUUGUAACUUGUUUCGUCACAAACCCACAACCGGUUUGUGUCUGUGUGAACAUUAUUUUGAUGCAAUUUGUUCUAAAAAGCAAACAAUUAUCGUUCUUUUUUACGAUUAUUUUUACAUGUAAGUAGGUUAAUGCUAUAUACAAAAAAAAAACAACAACAAUGUGUAAACAGAAUAUACACUUUUAAUACUUAUUUUCUCAGGCGCAGAUGCGAAUACUGGAAAGUCUUGCAAUAAAAGUCGCCUAAUUUGAAA